GUCGUGUUUCGUUUUGCUUUCGACCGAAGGGGGGAAUCCUCCCGCCGAGAAAAGAGGGGAGAGAAGGAAGAGGAAAGUGGAGGGGAGGAGAGACCAACCGAUAUUACCAUGGCUUCUGGGAGAUCAACUGGAUUAUUAAUGCGAGCUGUUCGAGUUUCAGAGUUUGGAGGACCAGCAGUCCUCAAGUUACAAUCUAAUACUCCAAUUCCUAACCCAAUGGAAAAUCAGGUUCUAAUCAAAGUUUUUGCUUGUGGGGUAAAUCCAGUUGAAACAUAUAUUCGUUCUGGGACUUAUGUUCGGAAGCCCACUUUGCCCUGGACACCUGGCAAUGAUGUCGCUGGAGUUGUGGAACAAGUGGGAGAAUAUGUGACUAAAUUUAAGAAAGGUGAUCGUGUCUUUACGAGUGGAACCAUCACGGGUGGAUAUGCAGAGUAUACAGUUGCUUCAGAUGACUCAGUUUACCCCUUGCCCGAUACCCUAAACUACAAGCAAGGAGCAGCAAUAGGAAUCCCUUACUUCACUGCAUAUCGUGCUCUCUUCCACAAAGCAAAUGCAAAACCAGGAGAAAGUGUGCUGGUUCAUGGAGCAAGUGGAGGGGUUGGUAUAGCAACAUGCCAGAUUGCUAGAGCAUUUGGCUUAAAGGUGUUUGGUACCGCUGGGACUCAGGAUGGACUGGGUGUAGUUCAAAAGAAUGGUGCUUCCAAGACCUUCAAUCACAGAGAGUCUGGAUAUAUUGAUAAGAUUAAGGAAUAUACAGGUGCUCAAGGAAUGAAUAUAAUCAUAGAAAUGAUGGCCAAUAUAAAUCUGAGCAUCGAUUUGCAGCUUAUUUCAAACCAUGGCAGAGUGAUUAUUGUUGGUAACAGAGGUUCCAUUGAAAUAAAUCCCAGAGAUACUAUGGCCAAAGAGUCCAGCAUCAUUGGCAUGUCUUUAUUUAGUUCAACCAAGGAGGAUCUCCAGGAGUCUGCUGCUGCACUUCUUGCUGGAAUUGAAGCUGGUUGGCUACAACCAUUAAUUGGUCGUGAAUAUCCACUAGAGAAAGUGGCACAGGCUCAUGAAGAUAUUAUUAACUCCCAUGGAGCUACUGGAAAAAUGGUUCUUACAAUGUGAACCCUCUGUUCUAUAAGGAGGAAAUAAUAAACUCACUGUUGAAUAUGAUUCAAAUUAUCUAUAUAUAAUCACAGCAAUCUUUGAUAAUUCUUCAAAAUCAAAAACACACAAAUUUUAUAUUCUGCCGAAUAUUGACUAAUUGUGGAUGCCUUCAGCGGUUGUGGCAUUAUUGUAUUGAAUAUGGAUACAAUUCAGUAAAGCUGGACAAGAGUAUAUUAAUAACAUUGUUCUUUUAAAAAUUUGUGCUGAAAUAAUAUAUAUAAAAUGUAAUACAGUGUUUUGGAUUUAUUUAGUAAUGGUAACUCGAUUUCUAAAAUGUGUAUUGGUAGAUAUGAUCCCUUAUACUCGCAUGCACACACACACGUAUCGUAGUUUGUUUUGGAAGUUGGUUAUCUUAUCAGGAUCACAAAGUAGUUUAUAGGGUUGGGUAAUUAUCUUGGAAAUAAUAUAUCAUAGUGCAUAAAAUCCUGUGUUAUUCAAUAGAUUAAUAAGGAGAAUUCUUUGAUCUUAAACAGAAGAAAAAUAAAAAAACGACAUUGGCCUCAU